UUCUAGCAGCCAGAUGGCUGAUAACAUUUCUUCCAUUCAUUCAGUAACAUCAACAAAUGCAACAUUUAUUCGCCCCUCCACAUUUUACAUCACUGGACUUUACAAUAUCCCACAUGCAAAGUACUAUUAUUUGUUUCUUUGCUUUGUGUAUAUUGUGACCUUUUUGGGGAAUUCUUUUAUAAUGGGCACCAUCUACCUGGCACGCAGUUUACACACAGCCAAGUAUAUAGCUGUCUUCAACUUGGCUCUCUCUGAUCUGUGUGGAAGCUCUGCUCUUAUUCCAAAGCUCCUGGACAUGUUUCUGUUUGAUAAUCAGAGUAUAUCCUACGAAGCCUGUUUGUCAAACAUGUUUUUUGUUUAUUGCUUUAUGACUCUGCAGUGUCUUACUUUGCUUGCUUUAGCCUAUGACAGACUAAUUGCUAUAUGUUUUCCUCUAAGGUAUCAUGCUAUUGUCACCAAAGCAGCAAUGAUUUUCAUUAUUGGUGUCAUGUGGGUUCUAUCUGUGAGUGUCAAUGCUGUCCUUGUGGCUCUAAUUACCAGAUUGUCCUUCUGUAGAUCUACAACAGUUUAUAGUUAUUUCUGUGAUCAUGGCCCUAUAUACAAAUUAGCCUGUAAUGAUAAUACCAUAAAUUCUAUAAUGGGCAACGUCUGUACUGCUACCCUGCUUUACUUUCCAUUAAUACUAAUAAUUGCCUCAUAUGUUUGUAUUGGUUUUGCAUUACGGAAGAUUGCACGUGGUGUUGAGCAAGUCAAAGCUAUGAAAACCUGCACAUCACAUCUUAUAUUAGUGGCCAUGUUUUAUCUACCAAUAAUUAGUGUUUAUACUGUAGCUCUUACCACACGUAUAGACACAAAUAUCAGGAUAAUUAAUACUGUCCUGACACAAACUAUUCCACCUAUGCUAAACCCCAUCAUAUAUACGUUAAAGACAGAGGAGGUCAUGCAGGCUAUUAAAUUACUCUACAAACAUGCAAGAUGAACAUUGCAAUGGAAAGAGCUGUAAAUAAAAUUAUGAUGAAUUAAAAUGCCACAAUAAGUGUAUCUUAAAUUAAACAAAAGUGGAAUGUAUUUAGUUAUCAUUGUUUCUGCUAUUAA